UUUACCGAGAGGAGGGUGUGUCGCUCAGAGAUGCAUUUAGUUCUAAAAUUAAGCAGUUUUUAACUAAAUAAACGCAUAUUUGCAAAGAACAAAGAUGCUCGCCACGGAGUACACGUUGGAACUAUGCAACGUGUUCCAUUCUGGACAAGUGGAACCUGGUAGCUUCUUCCAGCGCCUCACUGGGGGAGUGAAGACCGGCGUCAUCCUCAAAGAUGUGUCGUUCACGACACACAGCGGAGAGGUCACGGCUAUCUUGGGCUCUAAAGGUAGCGGCAAGCGCGCCCUCCUCGACGUGAUCGCCCGGCGAGUGCCGUCCAAAGGCCACAUCCUCCUGGACGGAGUGCCUCUUGAAGAGGAGCAGUUCAAUAACACGUGUGCGCUGGUGCGGCACUCUACUAAGCUGCUGCCGGGCCUGACUGUGCAGCAGACGCUGAGUUUCUCACUCACUAAGAUUGAAGGCUAUCUGAAGUCGUCAAAAGUGAAGCAGGUUAUGGCUGAUCUGGCGUUAUCACAGGUGGCAAAUAAAAGCGUCACAAAUCUAACGAAAAGCGAGUAUAGAAGGCUGGUGAUCGGAGUCCAGCUUAUAAGAGAUCCAAUAAUAUUGCUUCUGGAUGAACCAACAUGGGACCUGGACCCGCUCAGCACGUAUCUAGUGAUAUCGAUAUUGUCCAACGCAGCCAAGAAGUACGGCACUGCCAUCAUUCUCACCAUGGAAAAGCCCCGAUCAGACGUAUUCCCGUUCCUGGAGCGGGUGGUGUACCUGUGUCUAGGCGACGCGGUGUACGCUGGGCCCACCAGGAACCUGCUGGAUUACUUCGGCAGCAUCGGCUUCCCCUGCCCGCAGCUGGAGAACCCGCUGAUGUAUUACUUGUGCCUAUCAACCGUGGACAGGAGAUCCCGGGAGCGGUUCAUAGAGUCCAACCACCAGAUCGCGGCCCUGGUGGAGAAGUUCAAGCUGGAGGGCCAGGGCAUCAUGCAGGGCCACAUGACCGAGCACAGUCGGAUCGUGAACCCGAAUAAACAGUACGGAAAGCCGGGGGGCGUGCAAGUUAUUUGGAUGUUGUAUGUGCGCAUGUUGGUAUCAAUAUUCAACUUCAGGAAGAACGGACUAAAGCAAAUGUUCAUGAGGUUAUUUACAUUACCACUUUACUUUUUGAUAUUGUGGCUAUUCUACAAUGAAGCUAAGGAUUAUCAGAGAGCUUUUAUAACUAAAAGUGGCCUCAUAUUCAACGCCAUGGUGGGAACUUACUUCGUCAGUAUUAUGAAUACAAUUUGUUUGUAUGGUCCAUACCGCACGCGGUACUACCAGGAGUCACAAGAAGGACUGUACAGCGGAGCCAGUCUACUGCUGUCUUGGAACCUCGUCUCGCUGCCUUUCUCCUUCAUCAGCACCUUUGCUUCAGCAGCUAUCAUUUACAACAUCCUCGGCGACAUAACAGAGAACUUGGACUUCAUCUACUUCGCGCUGGUGCUGUGGUCGUGCUACGUGUUCGCGGAGCAACAGGCCAUCGCCGUGAUGAUGGUGGUCAAGCGCGGGCUGAUCGCUGCCGUGGUCAACAUAUACAUCACGUGUGUCUACGUCAUGCUGGCCAGUGGAGUGCUCAGAUCGUACAAAGGCUACGAAGACUGGCUCUACUACGUGACGUACAUAACGCACACUCGGUACGCGUCCAUCUUCAUGCAUCGCAGCAUCUUCAAACAGCCCCGAUUCAACAUCCUGCCCUACAAUGACCAGGAAAACUGUACUUCUAUCACCAGCCUAAUCCAGACUUCAUCAUCACUGAACACCAACUCUAAUGCCAACUGCCGAUAUGCCAGCGGGAAGGCCUUCCUUACUGAGAGGUUCACAGCAAGGAACUAUGCUGGUGACAUCUAUACUUCUGGAGAUUUCAACCUCGAAUUCAACCUUGGGAUUUCUUUCGCGUUUUCAGUCGGAAUAAUGGUCCUAAACAAGUUUCUAUAUUUGAUACCUUUGCCCAGUUACAUCACAGAUAAGUUUAGGGAAUAAUUUACUUUAGUCUUUAUAAAGUUCAAAUAGUGCUAUCAAAUUUAAAAUGUAUAGUCGGCAGCAAACCAACUUUCAGUAAAAUUAAAAUAUCAUUUUUGGUAUCAAUUAUUUUGAUAGAUCGGCUUGCAGGCGACCGUAUCCCGUAUGUGUGUGUAUAAUAGAAAUUAUAAUUUUAAUUAUUAUAAAAAAAUGUUUUAUAAUAACUAAUAAAUAAGUGUUUGAUAAAUUAAAGAAUUUGAUAGCGUUAAAAAUUUAUUUAACAUCAUUUAUUACAAUAUCAGUUUGUAUAAAACGAAAUGAUGCUCAUUAAUAAAUUGUGAUUAAAUAACAGCAGUAAAAUGUGUUAGAUAAAUAAAUAAGUAUGUAUACCUAUUUCAAUUUCUGCUUUUGAAUGCGUAACCCUAGCCUGAGAAAAAUUGAGCCUCGAGGUACAGUCAAACACCACAUCUAUCUGCCACAAAAUGUUAAACCUUAAUUGAUUUUAAACCUAAUUGAAACGACAUACGGUUCCAAAUUCAUCGGGGAAGGUAGAUGUGCUGUCACCUGUACCAAAUUCAAGACAUAAUAAGGCGAUUAUGAGUCUUUUCAUAUUUUUUGGAAAAAUUAUACUUGAGACACAUCUCUUAAACUACACAACCUUUA